CCUCAGACAGGGGCGAGCUGGGAGAGAUAGAACGGGGGGCCGCUGGAGACCGCCGGGGCGAGUCCUGAGGGUGGAACGAACGCGGUGCGAAGAUGUCUGGAGAGAUUUUCUCGCCCCUGGAUAACCUGCACGACUUGGAUAAAAUCAGCUGCCACCCCCUGGCUUGUUUUUUGUGCCAUGAACAAUAUGAACACCCCUGCCUGCUCGACUGCUACCAUAACUUCUGCGCAAGCUGCCUCCGGGGGCGCGCCGUAGACGGGCGCCUUACCUGCCCUCUUUGUGGACACCAGUCAGUUGUGAAAGGGAAUAACGGCCUCCCUCCGGUAGAUCGACUCCUUAAGUUUUUGGUGGACAGUUCUGCUGACUACGACGAGGUGGUUCAAUGCGCCAACUGUGACCUGGAGUGUAAGAAACAGGAUGGCGAAGUCAUGUAUUACUGUAACACCUGCAGCCAGCCCCUGUGUACCAAGUGCAGAGAGGAAACCCAUAAAGCCAAAAUGUUCUCCCGCCAUGAGAUUGUUUCACUAAGUAAACGCGCCAAGGAUAUAUAUAAGAAAUGCCCCCUGCACGAUGAGCCGUACAUCAUGUUUUCAACAGAGAAGAAAUCCAUGCUGUGCAUUAACUGUUUCCGUGACAUGCAAGUGGAGAGCCGCGCUCACUGCAUUGAUAUUGAAACUGCUUAUAUGCAGGGAUGUGAGAAGCUGGAUCAAGCAGUCAUGGCAGUGAAAGAACUACAGACAUCAACCAGGGAAGCCAUCUACCUCCUCAAAGCUAUGAUCGAAGAGGUCCGGAAUAGCGCAGAAGAGGAAGAGACCUCUAUAAACACCCUUUUCAGCAGUAUGCAGGAAAAGCUGGCGGAACGAAAGAAAAUCCUCCUGAAAGCCGCGCAGAGUCAACAUGAAGAGAAGGAGAAGGCUUUCAAGGACCAGCUGUCACACUUAGCGUCUCUUUUACCCACCUUGCAGGUCCACCUUGUUACCUGUUCAGCAUUCUUAAGUUCUGCCAAUAAAGCAGAGUUCCUCGACUUGGGUUAUCAACUAAUGGAGCGACUGAAGAAAAUUGUGAAACUUCCUCACCGCCUGAGACCGUCACAAAGCAGCAAGAUCAAUACAGACUAUGGAGCAGAAUUUGCGCGCUGUCUGGAGCCGCUGCUGAUGUUGAACCUGCGCAGGGCCACCAGUGUCAGCGGGAGCUGCGGUGGCCCAGGAUAUGCCAGUGUAAGCCUGAUUUCAGGUGGCCAGUCCUCCAAGACAUUAAUAAUGCCAGGAUGUCCUGCCUCUUGCGACAAGAUGUCCUUCACCGGAUCGAUUGUUCGGAAGCCCACUCUGCAUCGAUAUAUCAGCACAAAAGUCCUGCUAGCGGAAGGGGAAGACAGCCCGUUUACCAGGCAUUGCUGCACCUACGAAGAAAUGUAUAAGUCCUUACAGAUCGAGAUCCAGAGCUUGAAGGACCAGGUCCAAGAACUUCAUAGGGACCUGACCAAGCAUCAUUCCCUCAUCAAGACGAACACGAUGAGCGAGAUCAUACAGAAAUCCCUCCAGGUCGAUGUGCAGAUAGCCUCUGAAUAUUCUUCUGUAGAAACCAUGAGGAACGCAUUCGAAGCGAUCUGGGAGGAGACCUAUCAGAGGGUUGCCAAUGAACAGGAGAUCUAUGAAGCUCAGCUCCACGACCUUCAGCAACUGAAACAGGAGAACAGCUACUUAACCACGAUUGCCAAACAGAUCGCGCCCUAUGUACGAUCCAUCGCGAAGGUUAAGGAGCGGCUGGAGCCCAGAUUAAAAGAGCCAAAGGAUGUAAAAGAAGACUUGGCAGACACAUCGUUGGCUAAUGAGACACACAGGAGUGACGGGAUUCCUAGCGCUGAGGACAAUCAGGAGAAACCCCUGGAGCUGAAAGUCGACAAUCGAACUGUUAACCUAUUCCAUGAAGAUCCUUUGCUUAAAAGCAAGGAAUAUUACUGGUCAAAACUGAACAUGUCCAUCCGCAAAGGCUUAAACACCUAAAU